AUGGCUCCUCACAACUCGGCUAAAACCGUCUUCACCUCAUUCUACAAUGGUGGGAAUUGGUCAACUAUGGGCAUCAGCUUAAUGAUUGGUCAGAUUACAGCUAUCUACGGCUCAUUGAGUAAGCUUGUCACAGUACUACUCUUUCGGAGCACAAGGCUUACACCAACACCGCUGACAGGCUCCGACGCCACCGCACACAUGUCUGAAGAAGUCAAGGAUGCAGGUCGAUACGUACCAAUCGCGAUCGCAUGGGGAUACUUUGGCAAUGGCAUACUAGCUCUGAUAAUCAUCGUUGGAUUCCUUCUUGCUCUACCCUCUGUGCCUAAUGCUCUCAGCGACAGUACCGGAUUCCCUUUCCUCCAUGUCCUCCGCCAAUUCCUCUCAACCUCCGGUGUCAACGGCCUCACAGCAAUAAUUUUGAUUCCAGUCAUAUUCAGUAACAUCUUAUUCAAUGCGUCCACUGCACGUCAGACAUAUGCAUUCGCACGGGAUCGUGGUCUACCCUUCGCAGACUGGAUCUCGCAUGUUGAUCCACGCCGUCGAAUCCCAGUACGAGCCAUUGCGCUGUCGUGCAUUAUCAGCGGCCUCUUGUCGCUGAUUAAUAUCGCUUCGCAAGUUGCAUUCAACGCGAUCAUCUCUCUCAACGUUGCUGCGCUCAUGUACACUUACGCGGUGUCAAUCAGCUGCGUGGUUUACCGGAAGGUUGUCUGCCCGGAAACGUUGCCUCUUCGACGUUGGAGUCUAGGUCGUUUCGGUCUUGCGGUAAAUGUUAUUGGGCUGCUCUACGUUCUUUUUGCGCUCUUUUGGUCGUUCUGGCCUCCUAGUCCUUUGCCUGCCGCCCGAGAGUUUAAUUGGAGUGUGGUUAUCUUCUUUGGUGUGUUCAUCAUCAGUCUGUUCAUGUAUCUCUUCCAGGGUAGAGGACAGUAUGUCGGCCCCGUUGUGACGGUCCAUCGGUGA